GGGAAAUAUUAUUAUUAUGUCACACGAGUUACGAGAUGAAACCUCAGUCACACCCUGUGAGAGCGGCCUAUAAAGAUUGAGGAACUGAGCAGCUGCCGUCACACUGCACCAGACUCCUGGAACAACAGAUUUGAACUUGAACCCGAGAGGACCAGCAUCAUGACUCCUGUUUUCCUCCUCCUCCUCUUCUUCUCCAUGACGGCCAUCGCUCCGGGUGAAGCUGAAGAAGACCUCUCUGACAUCAUCCAAAAAGCUAAUGCUGGCUCAACAAACCUGGAAGAUGGCGACAUUGUGCAAAAUUCAAAUAGGAACGCAGCUAGGUGCACAUACUAUGGCUGCAAGUGGCCCAAACGUGGAACCAGAGUCACAGUGCCAGUGGCUAUCUCCUCUCGCUACUCACGUUCAGAGCGCAACACCAUCAUCAGAGGCCUGGUGUCAUUCCACAGAUCCACGUGCAUUCGCUUUGUUUGGAGAAGGUACCGGUGGCAACGGGAUUACAUCUACUUUUACUCUGGAUCUGGGUGCUCCUCUAACAUUGGCCGUAAGGGUGGACCACAGUUUAUCUCCCUGAAGAAAAACGCGUGUGUGGUCAACCACGUAGUGCAGCAUGAGAUCCUCCACGCUCUUGGUUUCCACCACGAGCACAAGCGCAGCGACAGGGACAGAUAUGUUCGAAUCAACUGGGGGAACAUUAAGCCAAGUAGGAAACACAACUUCAAGAGAGCUCGGACUAACAAUUUGUGGACUAGAUAUGACUUCAACUCUGUCAUGCAUUACGGCAAAAACUUCUUCUCCAAAAAUGGAAAGCCCACCAUCGUCGGCAGGAAUCCAUCCCAAGUAUUUGGACGUGCCAGAUCCAUGAGCAGAAAUGACAUCCUCCGCGUCAACAGGCUUUACAGAUGCUCCCGUUGAUACCAGAAGGAACCGGCCGACCUACAGAGAGUUCACCUGUCGGAACAUCCUGAUUUCUGAUGCACACGAACAACGUUAUUCAACAGCAGCAGGAAAUGUGAAUAUGUGACGUGGUCUCACCACACCUGUGGGUGAGCUCCUGUGAGCAGCUGGUCCGGUCUUCUGAAGAAGCUCCACUCAAUAACAAAAUCAACUGACUUGGUCUUUGUUCUUUCUGCUGAGGUGAAGCCAAAUAUCAGUAAAACAUUUAGGGGAAUUAAUCAGCCAUUUUUUUUUGUGUAAUCAUUUUUCUCACUUCUUGAUUUGUUGUAAUACAAAGUGUAUGAUUUGGUGACGGGUUUACUGAAUGUUCAAAGGUAACAAAGGAUGAUCAAUAACUCAAAAUAGACACAAUUCUAAUUUCACUAAGGGUAAUUAUCAAUA